GAGUUGGCUUUUUAACUUCCCACACUGGGGAGCGUUUGGGUUCGGUGUUCUGGGUUAGGACAUAUUAGGAAACCCUCACAGCCCUCCCUGUCCCCUCAGAGACCCAGCGAGCUCCCUCCAUGUAGUCCCAGGCCAUGAGGACACUGGCAGGCCAGGCCCCCUCUCUGCAGUAGGGGCAGGGGAUGCUGAGGAGGGCGGGGAGGGUACCCAAGGACCGCCGUGUGUGUCUGACCUGCGUGUCUGUUUCUGCUCAGUUCACAGCCAAGCAGCUGGAGAAGCUGGCCAAGAAGGCGGAGAAGGACUCGAAGGCGGAACAGGCCAAAGUGAAGAAGGCUCUUCAGCAGAAGAAUGUGGAGUGUGCCCGUGUAUACGCCGAGAACGCCAUCCGAAAGAAGAACGAGGGUGUGAACUGGCUCCGCAUGGCGUCCCGCGUGGACGCAGUGGCCUCCAAGGUGCAGACGGCCGUGACCAUGAAGGGGGUGACCAAGAACAUGGCACAGGUGACGAAAGCCCUGGACAGGGCACUGAGCACCAUGGACCUGCAGAAGGUCUCUGCCGUGAUGGACAGGUUUGAGCAGCAGGUGCAGAACCUCGACGUGCAUACCUCGGUGAUGGAGGACUCCAUGAGCUCGGCCACCACGCUGACCACGCCGCAGGAGCAGGUGGACAGCCUCAUCGUGCAGAUUGCCGAGGAGAACGGCCUGGAGGUCUUGGACCAGCUCAGCCAGCUGCCUGAGGGCGCAUCUGCCGUGGGCGAGAGCUCCGUGCGUAGCCAGGAGGACCAGCUGUCUCGGAGGUUGGCCGCCUUGAGAAACUAGCCGAGUCCUCCUGCAGGGCCCUGCAUCCCUGGCCUUUACGUGCAGGAAGGGCCGGGGAGGAGGGCUCCAUCUCUCUCCCCACGCCAGUUGCCUUUCUGUACACCCUGCAGUGUGGCCCUUCCCUCCAGGUCUGGGAAUUGUCCCUCUUAGCGUAGACGGUGGCUGUGUCCCGGUGGGUGAGUUUGCACAAACUUCUGACUUGUGUGGGUUAUUUCUGUGACUCUGGGCUAACCGGCUCGGGGUUCUGCUGGCUCCCCUCCACCCCCCACCCGGUGAUAGGGACUAACCAGUGGAUACCAUGGGGGCUGUGGGGGCCUUCAGACUCUGUGUGACAGCAGAUGUGCUGCUAGCGGUCAGCCGACGGGGGUCAGCUCUGCUUCCUGUUGCCGGGCACCUGGAGGCUGGGCCCACUCGGGAUCCCUGGCAUCAGGCGCCAUGCUCCAAGUCCAGGCAUGCCUUUCCAGGGGGUCCCCACCCUCAUUCCACUGCUGCCUCUGGAAAGCCUGGGGCCCCAAGGGGUGUGCUCUGUGUCCUUUAGGAACUCAAGUCUGCACUGAGGUCCUUCCCAGUAAGGAGCUGGCAGUCUCCCAGUCCCACUUGGGGUGCUGCGUCUGUGUCGCUCUCUUCUGUACUGUAAAUAAUGGGUGCCUCCCCCCGACUGGUCUCUCCCCCUGCCUUUGGGCUCACACCGUUCAACCUGGAAGCCAGAGGGGCCAGCUGGAGUGCACGCACUCGGAGAGAUGCCCCCGGUGGGCCAGCUUUGGGAGGCCCCGAGGCAGCUCAGCCCAGAGGCUCGCAGCAGCUCCUCCCGAUGAGUUUCUGGGACAGGCAGCGCUUUCCAUGUUUUUAAGUUCCUGAGGUUUUCUUUGUUUUCUUGAAGCUUCCAGGGUUUUUUGUUUUGCCAAAAUAGAAGGAGCAGACAGCAGAUGGGGAGCGCUGGGUCGAAGCCCAGUUCUUGGUAUGAACUGGUGAGAACUCCAUGGUUGGUCCUGAAGGGGCCCGGCUCUGUGCACGGCCACCGCCCAGCCAGCCCUUUCCAGAGGUCUCCAGCUGUCCCAGCUGUCCUCACACCAGUGGUUCUCGUAAACAGAAACUUUGGAGACCUUUACCAUGACUCACUGCGUGUGAUUCUCCUGGACCGGCUUGUUCUUGGGUGUUCUGUGUGGUCUAUUCUGUUGGGGCAGCCUUGAUGCUUGAGACGGUGGUGUGAGGGGUCGGCGUGCUGUCUGGUUUUUCUUCCGCAAUGCCGGCCUCGCCUUACUCCCCGGCCAUGGUCUCUCAGGGCACCCAUGUCCUGGGGGCUCAGAGAAGAUCCUUGCUGUCCCGGGGCCCAGUGAGGGCGGAGCUCUGCGGCUGUGGCUCACCAGGGAACACUGGGUGCGCUCGCCUGUUUCCUAAAAUGCUAUUGUGAGUAAACAGAUUGAUCCCUGAGA